AAGGUUCCACAAUAAUCACAAUCUCUUCUUCAGCCUCCAAUUCUCUGCCUCCUCCCAGUUUUCCAGUUUCCCUGAAGGAUCCGGCAAGUUAAAUAGGCAGGAAUGAGGGGAAGAGAUUCCUUCUGAGCCAAGGCACGGGAGCUGGGAGCCUUACACUGGAGGAACUGGUGCGAACAUGAAUGUUAAAGUAGUCACCGCGCUUCUCAUCUUGGCAGUCGCCACAAUUUUGGCUUUGGUUUCUGUACUUUUGUUCGGAUCUAAAACAAAAUCCUGCGGUUCUGGAAAUCCAAAAACGUCCUCUUUGAAGCACAAUGACCAGAGUUUGGUGUUUGCAGACCUGAAGGCUGAAGAAAUUGCCCAAGUGGUGGCGUUCCUGAAGGAGAAGAUCGAAGACAAACUGGUGGACAUCUCCACGGCUGAUCCUUCUUCCAACUGCAUUUACUCUGUGGAACUUCUCCCUCCCAGUAAACAAGAUGCCCUAUUGUACCUGGAUAAAGGAGGACUCAAGCCCAAGAGGGAGGCACUGGCUGUGGUAUAUUUUGGAAGUCAUCCCACACCUGAAUUGAUCGAGUAUGUUGUGGGACCUCUUCCAAAUCCUACAUACAACAAGGACGUGACCCAGCAGAGAUAUAAGGUCAAGAUACCUUAUCACCGUAGACCAGUCAUUGGCAGUGAGUACAAUCAGAUACGACAGCACUUUCUACUUAAAGAGUACCCCAAGGCAAAAAGUUUCCUUAAGGAAGUAUUGGGCUAUAAUGAGUCGGACAGUGAAUAUUUUGCGGCAUUGACCAGUGCUCCCAGAGGUUUUGCAUCUGGAGAAAGGAACACCUGGUUUGGUCUCUUCCUUAACACCCAGGGGAGUGGAUUUUUCCUGCAUCCAACUGGGUUAGAACUUUUGAUAAACCAUCAGAACCUUGACCCUAAAAGGUGGAAUGUGGAGAAGAUAUUUUACAAUGGUGAGUACUUUGAAAGCCUCUCUGAAGUGGAGGAGAAAUAUAAGAAGGGACAAUUGAAGGUAGUCAAGAUGAAAAAGCCUAAACUUGAGGAUGAUAUCGCUUCCAUGAAACCCUCAAAAAGUUCCGUCUCUGAUAUCCCCAUGCAGUAUGAACCACAAGGUGCCCGAUACAGCGUCAAGAAUAACCAGGUGCUCUUCCAACACUGGAGUUUUGCAUUUGGGGUUAAUGUGAACAGAGGACUCCGUUUAUUUGACAUCAGGUUCAAGGGGGAAAGGAUAGUCUAUGAGCUUAGCAUCCAAGAAGCUAUAUCUGUGUAUGGCUCCAAUGCUCCGACUGGAAUGACAACAAGGUACAUGGAUGGACAUUUUGGCAUUGGCCGCUCUGUCUACCAGUUGGUCCGUGGCAUUGACUGUCCUUAUUUUGCCACCUACAUGGAUACCCAUUACUUGCUGGAUUCGGAAAACACAGUUCUUAACAAGGGAUCCAUUUGCAUAUUCGAACUAAACACCGGCAUUCCUUUGAGACGACACUUUUCCAGUCUCGGUUCUUCCUACUACGGUGGUUUGGCCAGCACCGUUUUGGUCAUAAGAACCAUCGCCACCAUUGGAAACUAUGACUACGUGUUUGACUUUAUGUUCUAUCAAAAUGGGGCUAUUGAGUCCAAAGUUUCCGCAACAGGAUAUAUCAGUACCUCCUUCUUCAUGGACGGAGGGGAGAAGCAUGGACAUAGAGUGGGUCCUCAUACUCUGGGCACCAUCCAUACACAUUUUAUAAAUUAUAAGGUGGACCUGGACGUUGGAGGAAUUAAUAAUUCUCUGGUGGGUUAUGAUAUGGAGUUCGAAGACUUGACGGUUCCGUGGAAUCGAGAAUGGACAUUGCAGCAAACGAAGGUGACCAAGAAAGUUCUGGUGUCGGAGAACGAGGCGGCGUUUCUGCAGCACGGACCCAUGCCUCGCUACAUGCAGUUUGCCAGCAAGCAGAAGAAUAAGUGGAAUCAUGAACGUGGCUAUAGGAUCCAGAUGGUCAGCUUUGCCGGAGACUUUCUACCGGAGAAGAGUUCUAUCCACAACGCAAUGAACUGGGCUAAGUAUAAGCUCGCUGUAACCAAACACAAGGAGGAAGAACAACUGAGCAGCAGCAUCUAUAACCAGAAUGACCCAUGGUCACCCACAGUCCAGUUCUCUAAAUUUAUUGACAACGAAAAUAUUCAGGAUCAGGAUUUAGUGGCUUGGAUAACAACGGGAUUCCUGCACAUCCCUCACGCAGAGGACAUCCCCAACACAGUGACGGCAGGAAAUGGAGUAGGCUUCUACCUCCGGCCCUACAACUACUUUAAUGAGGACCCUUCUGUCUUUUCAGAGGACGCUGUGUAUUUUCUGCCACAUGAAGAUCUCGGGUCAUGUAGCACCAAUCCUCUAGCCUGUUUAUCUCAGACGGCCUCUUGUGCUCCUACAACGCCUUCUUUUAGCUACAAUGGGUUUGAUAAUACAUAUAUUGUACUUUAGGAAGGCAAUAAGGUUCUUUUUUAAGGGUAAACUCUAAUAAUUGAUGAGAACAAAUAGAAAUUCCUGUAUUAUCACUGAAUUGGGAAUUUACACUAUAGAUAUUGCUGACCUGUUUUCACUAGAAGGUCUCACCAACACUAGAGGUUGUCCAGGUCUCACCAAUACUAGAGGUUGUCCAGGUCUCCCCAACACUAGAGGUUGUCCAGGUCUCCCCAACACUAGAGGUUGUCCAGGUCUCACCAACACUAGAGGUUGUCCAGGUCUCAUCAACACUAGAGGUUGUCCUUUACACUAUGUGUGAUCCUAACCUUUACUGAAGACACAUAAGGAUCAGUUUAUAGUACAAGGAUUUCCAAUAUAUCAGAA